UAUCAUGCCUAUAGAGAGAGAAAGAGAGGGGAUGAUAGAGAAGUAAUUACAGGGUUUGCUUCAUAGAGAAGCAUUGACUCUUAGUUACAAACCUCCUCAAUAAUUUUUUGCUACACCCCAAUAAUUUUUAUUGCUUUUGCCCCCAUUCAAAAAUCAUCUCAAACCUUGAUUCUCCCUGUAAAAAGGCUCUGGUUCUGGAGAUUCUUUGUUAGUCAUGUUCAAUUUUUUAAUUUGAGGUUCAAUUAUGGGUGCCCAACAAUCAAAAGAUGAGCUUCUUUCCCAGCAAGUUGCCUAUGGAAAUGCUGAAGCCAUUAAAGCUCUUCGUCGAGAAGGGGCUGGCCUUGAGUGGAUGGAUAAAGAUGGAAGAACUCCUUUGAUCUUUGCAUGCACAAGAGGGGAUCUCUUGAAUGUAGCAGAAACAUUGAUAGACCUUGGUGCCAACAUUAAUGCUUAUCGUCCUGGGUCACACGGGGGAACUCCAUUGCAUCAUGCUGCUAAGAGAGGCCUUCAUAGCAUUGCUAGGUUGUUGCUUUCUCGGGGAGCAAAUGCUAUAGUUAUGAAUGAUGAUUGCCAGAGCCCUCUUGAUAUUGCUAGAGAAAAGGGUUUCUUUCACGUUGUUCGUGUCAUUGAGGCUCAUAUCUGCCUUUUUUCUGGUUGGCUUCGGGAGCUUUCUGGACCUGGGUUCUUGGGAGCAUUAGUACCCCAAUGGGCGUCGAAAAAAGUAUGGGCAGUGGUAAUACCUUCUGACUAUCGCAACCCUACUAGGCCACGCAAAUUUGAGCUUCGCAUUUAUCCGGGACUCCAGGCUUUUGGACCCCGCACGGUUAUCUCACUAUGGAAGGCGGAAUGUGAGGAACCCAAUUUUAACCUACCAGAUCCAAUGCUGGUUAUAUUUGAUCGGCCAACAAAAAGCAAGUAUAAGUUCUUAUCUGGAAACGAUGGAGACAAGCAGCAAAUAAAGAGCUUCCAUGAAGCAUGCUUAGGGGUUCCCCAGCCCACUUCUAUCGAGCCAAAUUUGCCUCCACCAUCCGCUCCCACAUCUACUGGACCAGAGGAUCUUCAGAUAGCUAUGGCCAUAAAUGCAUCUAUUCAAUCAGCCAUGGAAGAAAGGCCACCUCCACUUCCCAACCCUCAUCAACCGUCAGAUACCAGUCAUGGUGACUGGCUCAAUAAGCCCUUUUCAGGCUCAUAUGGUGGUUGGACUGGGCCUGAACCAGGUCCAAGUAGUGCCCCAAUUAAGUGUCCUCCAAGCCCACCUCCUGAACCUAGUGGUGCACCACCCAUCAUGGCCAAUAACUCACUUAUUGUGGGUAGCUCUUGUUUGGAGCCUUCAGUCCCUUCAGCUCCGCCAAUUCUAGAGGAGAAUUUAGAAGGCCCAAUACACUACCCGUCAAUUGACUCAAGCCCUAUAGAAGUUGAUACAGCAGUUACGGAGAUUCAAAGUGGAGUAGUGAAAGGUGAUAAAAAUUCUGAGGGAGAAGGUUCAGGUUCGUGUGUUAUUUGUUGGGAUGCUCCAAUAGAGGGUGCAUGCAUUCCUUGCGGGCACAUGGCUGGUUGUAUGGAUUGUUUGAAAGAGAUCAAAGCUAAGGGAUGGGGUUGCCCGGUUUGUCGAACUAAGAUCGAGCAAGUCAUGAAGGUCUACGCUGUCUAAGUUUGCGAAUGGGAAUAGGAGAGAGCGGAGGAGAGAAUGUUUCAUAUCAUCAUAUGUAUAGUUUGAGGGUGAGAGAGAGAGUCUGUAUAGUGUUGGCAUUGGAGGUGGUGAUGGAUAAAACAAAUGGAGAACUGUUCAUUAUUAUCAGUUUUAAUUGUUUACUAUUGGAUAUCAGGGUUUUCUCAUAUAAUCAAGUUUCAUGUGGGAUUUGAUAACUUUAGAGGGAUGUGUAUCAUUCAACAGCCUUUGGAUUCUUUUACCCACGGUCCAGAUCAGUUCUUGGUGGCGAAUGUACAUGGGUUCUGGUCAACUGGUUUCGUUUCAUUACUUGGGAGACAUGGGGAAAAACUACUGCUAAGUGGGCUGAGAUAGUUGUGAGCAGUGUAUUCUUUUCAUAUUUUUCUGGUUUUGAGCAAAACUGUUUUCUGGCCAUCAUUCGAAAGGAAAAUGGUUACCACUCGAUUUGCUAAUUCGUAUACUUGUUAUUUGAUGAUUUGUGUAAUUGUUAUUUGUUA